CCGGAGGUGUUUUUUAUCAUUUUUCUUUAUCAAUUUAACAGACCAAGGGAACUACAUGUCUACUAAAUAUUAGAUUAGAUUAGACUCAAGAAAACAUGUCUACUCAAGAUUUUUCCUUCUAACUGCUAAGACCAAGAAGAGAUGUCUACCAAAGAAGAGAGUUGUCAAGCACUGAUCGUAGCUGAUGAAGACGCUGGCGAGAAGACUAAUUGCUCUUCAAGAGGGCAGAGAGCGACAGAAGAAGAUGUUGUAGCUCUUGGAGAAAAGCCUGGUCAGGGAUGCUGCUCGCCAGAGCAGAAAGAAGAAGAAGCUGCAGAUGGAGAACAAGCGUCGUCCACCGCUGAGAUUGAAAGUAAGAAAGCCAUACCGACAAGAUUUCUUCAGUUGACGAAUUUAGCGGGUGAUGUUUGGGUGUUUCCGUUUCAGGAAGAAGAGGAGUCAUUCUCCGUUGGAGAGGCGAAGGAACUAGUGGCUGCUGACGCUAAGCUUGGACCUCUGAGAUCAAAGGUGGUAUACAAAAACGUUUCGGAAAAAGUACUUCUACGACCACGUUGCGACAGGAGCAGUUCAGGAAGUGAUGAAUUAGGUGAUGUUGUUGAUAGGCGGGCGGGUUGUAACUCCUGUGUAUAUGAUGUACUAGGUUCUUCCGACACAUACACAGCAUCCGACAUGAUCGGAGGCGGCAUCCUAUUUCCGCCACAAGUGAUGUCUCUGAGACAUCCCGUGACUGGUGAAGAGCUUGACGAUGAUGACGAUCUGAAUGCGCUAGACUUGCAAGCGACGUUUGUGUUAAGGCAAGAAGAAAUCCUCUAAUUAAAAGAUCUUACACCCCACGAGUGGGUACAUCUAUCUAUCUAUCUACAGGCAUCCUGAGACCGUUUUCAAGGGGAGAAAGGUCCUCGGAUGCGUCUCAAGAUGGAUUUCUCUUGGUUCUAAUUGUGUUUAAAAGCAAAAAAGUUUGGGAGACGGAGACGCUGAAAGAAGAAUACUGGCGUAUGGCGAGCAUGAUCGCUUCGCUCUAUGAUUGGGUGCGAUUUUUGGUGCCUCAGGUGUUGAACCCGAACCCAUUGCCACUAGACGAACGGUGUCCUCGAGUCUGUUCGUGUCUCGCCGAUAUCAACGAAAUGUGUGCGGGCCUGCCGGAGGAGAUCAAGAAGAAAGUUCGGGCGCUGAAGCUCAACAAGGAAGGGAAGAAAGAUAUAACCGAUGACUUUUGGGAAAUCAAGUUGUGGAUGAUGUUUUCGGAGAGGGCACGCCAUUUUCUGGACGAAGAAUCAGAAAAAGACUUCUACGAGGAAGAUCAGCAGCUCCUCGCUGGAUACCUCUUUUGCAUGCAUAUCGACGACGACGAGGACGAAAGGUUUUUGACUGGCAUCAUUACUGGAACAUCCUGGGUGAGGGCGAUGCUGGAGCAUGAAUCAACGCGGAGGAGGGACCUACCGAAGAGGCUGCUGGUGUUAGGGAAUCUGCGGCGAAAGCUUGCCAUGAUCUUGGAGAUCGGGUAUGCGCGCUUGACCAGCAUAGCCCAGAUCUUCGAUGCUUAUGAGAUGAGUAGAAGACCAGACUCAAUGAUGGAAUCAAUAUAUAGUCUGCUUUUUCUUCUGUUCUCAUCACCAGUGGUAGAAGAAGAUGACCACCGGAGACGUGUGAUGAUGAUAGUCUAAUGUCGUCCUUCAGUUGUUAUAAUAAGUCGUUCGAUCAUGCUGAGUAGGUGCUGCACUUCUGAAUUCCUUCUAAGACCUUUGCAUGAUACUGCGGCUAUUCGAUCUGUGCAUCGCGAGCUUCCUUGACCUAGCACCUUCAUCCAACAAUUUAGCAACGUCAUCAACUGCCACCAAAAAUGAUGAAACAACUGUGGAAAAAAUUGAAGGUGAUUAUAGGACUGAAGAUGGUCCUCCAUCUUUUAUGGCUCCUUCCCCUAAUGGUCCUUCUUCAGAGAAGGCAUCCUAGGAGAGACGUUUUGAAGGGGAAAACGCUCUCAGGAUCAUGAACUUGAUGCUCUAGAGAUAUCAGGAUAUUUUUAAACUCUAAAUCUUCCAUGAGCAGAAAUAUUGCGCUUCCAGCCGAUGAGCAGAGCAAAGACUUCCUGCGUAGGCAACUUUUGGAGGUCAUGGAAGAGUAUUUUGAAGUCGAAGAUUUUUUUGUCAGCGAGGACUUUGGACUCGAGGAUGUUGACUCGGAGAAUGAUUCGCAGGAAGACUGGUCUCCAGUAAUAAAGCAGAGUGAGCAGAACAGCAUCGGCGCAUCGGCAUCACUUCUAAGGCAGGGUGAACAGGAAAGCACUGAACGCGCUUUGACGGAUGAGAAACAGAAUGAGGCCAGCCACAGCGCUGAUGACCAAGAAAAAGAGCCGAAGAAAAGAAAAUUAGACUGCUCGUUACAAGUAGAAGACCCACAACUUCUACAACAGCACAAUCAACCACAAGAAGAGAGCAGUAGGAACGAAGGACAAGAUGGUGAACCACAAGAAGUUAGCAAUGAAGAUCUAGUCAAAGGAGCUAGCGGCACUAGGAAUGAAGAUACACACUGUCAACAAGUAGAAGCCAGCAGUGGUAGCAAUGAAGAAUGUCAGCAAGAAGCCAGCAGUGGUAGCAAUGAAGAAGAUACACUGGUGGUCACGAAUAAGAAGAUCCGCAUGGACUUACCGUAUAUCCCUAGGAUAGACUUGCUGUCGCAGCAACCAAGUCUGGUCUCGGAUGUCGCGAAUCGGAGAGAAUUCCUGAAGAAAUGGAUCACCUUUGCCCGAGACGACUUGAUGAUAUGCCCAAAACAUUUGGCAGAAGGGAAGAUGAAUCUUGUGGAGCGUGAGGACAUCCGAGCACUGUCGUUUGGCAUUCCGAAAGAGGAGCUAAAGUCUUUGUUGGGCGGGGGUCUCUAGGGGAAGCUCGGUAAUUCAUGAAAGAAACAAUGUAGUCCUUCAAAGAUGAGUUGUAAGUAGCGUCUACAUGAUGAAUCACGAAGGUUGCUUUGCUUCACGUCUCGAUCGAUUCGGAAAGUGGAUGAAGUAAUAAUUUUCUUGUUUUGUGGAUAUUAAUGACAUGAUCGCUAUGGUGAGAAGGUAAGUAAUCUGCAAUCUAUCUACAGUCAACGAACCAACUACUUUGAACUACGCACUGCUGGAAGCCAAAUUGGAUGUCGUAUAGUUUUUUGUUUGCUAUCUCACUUGCUGCCCCACAUUCUUUCAAGGUUUUCUUUUUUUCUAUGCUGUUUCACGAGUAAUGAGCUACCCAUUUCGUUUUCUUACUGUUUUACUAUUUUGGUAUCUUAGUUCACAGUGAUGAUUUUCCGUCUUCACAGACGAAAAAAAAACUGAUAAGUAGAAGAUUCAACUUGUACAAGAAAAAAGGCAAAUCAUCCUUGUACAAGAAACAGGCAAAAGAACUUGUUAUGAUUUUGUGGUGCUAGUACUGAUUGUUUCUAUUCAAAUCGCGACCCUCCAAGGGGGUUUUGUUCAAGCAGACAGCAACUACAACUAGGAAGAAUGUGAGACCAGCCCCAGCAUGGAUACUGCAAGAAGGACC